AUGCCAGCUGCCAAUAUGACAGAAACCCUGCAGCUCCCAGCACUGCAAGUCCCAGAGCAGCAGGUGGUGGAGGGUGGCCGUGCCUGGUCCAGUUCAUCCACCCCAACCCUGCGCAGGAAGCGCUUCAAGAUGAGGCGGAUGAAGAAUGUGCAGGAGCAGAGCCUGGAGGUCAGCAGGUAUCAAGAUUCUCCUUCCUCCAGAAAGGAAUACCUGCAGCUCCCAUCCAUUGAAAUCACCCCCUCCAGUGAUGAGGACACUCCCUGGUCCAACUGCUCUACACCCAGUGCUUCCCCGCGGCGCAAGCGCUUCCUCCUUCGGAAGUGGCUGCGUGUGAGAGAGAAGAAGGAAUACAGUGAGAGCAGCAGUCAGCAGAGCAGCCAGCAAAGCAGCCACGAUGAUGACUUGUCCCGAUUCUUGAGCCCUCAUAUGCGUGACGACAGUACUGCCAGUAACUCAAACCGCAGCACGCCUGCCUGCUCCCCAAUCCUGCGCAAACGUUCCCGGUCCCCAACACCACAGGACUCCCAAGGAGACACCAUGGUGGAAAAAGGCUCGGACCACUCAUCAGACAAAUCCCCGUCGACGCCGGAGCAGGGUGUACAGCGUAGCUGUUCCUCUCAGUCAGGCCGCAGUGGGGCCAAGAAUUCCAAGAAAAGCCAGAGUUGGUAUAAUGUGUUGAGUCCAACAUACAAACAACGGAAUGAAGAUUUCAGGAAACUCUUCAAACAGCUUCCUGACACGGAACGCCUCAUCGUAGAUUACUCAUGUGCGCUACAAAGAGACAUUCUCCUGCAGGGCCGCCUCUACCUCUCUGAAAACUGGAUUUGCUUUUACAGCAACAUCUUCCGUUGGGAGACACUGCUGACUGUACGCUUGAAGGAUAUCUGCUCGAUGACCAAGGAAAAAACAGCACGGCUCAUUCCUAAUGCCAUCCAAGUUUGCACUGACACUGAAAAGCACUUUUUUACUUCCUUUGGGGCUCGAGACAGGACGUACAUGAUGAUGUUCAGACUCUGGCAGAAUGCUCUCCUUGACAAGCCUCUCUGUCCAAAGGAGCUCUGGCACUUUGUCCACCAGUGUUACGGGAACGAGCUGGGUCUGACCAGUGAUGAUGAAGACUAUGUGCCUCCUGAUGAUGACUUCAACACAAUGGGCUACUGUGAAGAAAUCCCCGUGGAAGAGAAUGAAGUCAACGACAGCUCCUCAAAAAGCAGCAUGGAGGCCAAGCCAGAAGCUAGCCCUCAGCUGCCAAAGAAAUCUGUCACUGCCAGCACACUGACAUCUACAGGAAGCAGUGAAGCGCCAGCCUCGUUUGAUGGAGUGCUACCAGAAGAGGAGGAGGCAGUGGCAGAGAGUCCUGUGGAAAAAGACCUUGGCAUUGCAAAUAUCAUGGGAGAGAAGAUAGAGAUCAUUGGCCCUGUGAACUCCCCUUCCCUAGACUUCAAUGACAACGAAGAUAUUCCCACUGAGCUCAGUGACUCAUCAGAGACCCAUGAUGAAGGGGAAGUCCAGGCCUUUUACGAGGAUCUGAACGGCCGUCAGUAUGUGAAUGAAGUGUUCAACUUCAGCGUGGACAAACUGUACGACUUGCUUUUCACGGACUCUCAGUUCCAGAGGGACUUCAUGGAACAGCGCCGGUUCUCUGAUAUUAUCUUUCAUCCCUGGAAGAAGGAAGAAAAUGGCAAUCAGACUAGAGUGAUCUUGUAUACCAUUACCCUCACCAACCCUCUGGCCCCCAAAACUGCCACUGUCACUGAGACGCAGACAAUGUACAAAGCCAGCCAAGAAAGCGAGUGCUAUGUCAUAGAUGCAGAGGUGCUAACUCACGACGUCCCCUACCAUGAUUAUUUCUACACCAUUAACCGCUAUACGUUGACUCGUGUUGCCAGAAACAAAAGCCGACUCAGGGUUUCCACAGAGCUACGUUACAGGAAGCAGCCUUGGGGGCUGGUGAAAUCCUUCAUUGAGAAGAAUUUUUGGAGCGGCCUAGAAGAUUAUUUCCGACAUUUGGAGAGUGAACUGACCAAAACCGAGAGCACGUACCUGGCUGAGGUCCACAGACAAUCCCCCAAAGAGAAAGUAAGCAAGCAAUCGACGGUGCGCCGCAGGAAACGGGCCCAUGCCCAUCUGCGGGUGCCACACUUGGAGGAGGUGCUGAGUCCCGUCACCACCCCCACGGAUGAGGAGGUUGCGCAUCGAAUCAAGCAUGUGGCAGGUUCCACUCAGACACGGCACAUUCCUGAGGAGAGCCCCAGCGGUUUCCACCUGCAGAGUGUCUCUAAGCUGCUCCUUGUCAUCAGUUUUGUUCUGGUGCUGCUCGUCAUUCUCAAUAUGAUGCUGUUCUACAAGCUCUGGAUGUUGGAAUAUACUACGCAGACGCUCACGGCAUGGCAGGGCUUGCGGCUACAAGAAAGGUUACCCCAGUCUCAGACAGAGUGGGCCCAGUUACUAGAAUCUCAGCAGAAGUAUCAUGACUCAGAGCUACAAAAAUGGCGUGAGAUCAUCAAAUCCUCCGUGAUGCUUCUAGACCAGAUGAAGGAUUCACUAAUAAAUCUUCAGAAUGGCAUCGGGUCCCGGGACUUCUAA